GAUUUUUCUUUCCUGGAGCCAGCCAGAAGUGAAUGGGCAUGGAGAGGCCACCGGCUUGGGAGCCGCGAGACGCCGACGCGCUGCGGCGAUUCCAGGGGCUGCUGCUGGACCGGCGCGGCCGGCGGCGGGGGCAGGAGAUCGCGGCCAGCUGCCAAGACCAGAUGCGCGAGAUCCUGAGCUGCCUCGACUCCUUCUGCCGCUGGCAGGGCUGCGGGGACCGCCAGCUGCUGCAGAGCGGGAGGAACGCCUCCAUGGCCCUGUACAACUCCGUCUACUUCAUCGUCUUCUUCGGCUCACGUGGCUUCCUCAUCCCCCGGCGGGCGGAGGGGGCAGCCAAGGUUAGCCAGGCGGUGCUGAAGGCCAAGAUUCAGAAACUGGCCGAGAGCCUGGAGUCCUGCACCGGGGCUCUAGACGAGCUCGGUGAGCAGCUGGAGUCCCGGGUCCAGUUCUGCACGAAGUCCAGCCGUGGCCACAACCUCAAGGUCUCCGCCGGCCAGCCCGCAGGGCUGUUUUUCUGAGAACAUCCUUCCCCCUAAAUGACGGAGGCCAGCAGACCAGCCCCAUGGGAUGCUCCGAAUUUGUAGCUCCCUCAGGAAAACACCAAGUCGGGUUAAGAGUUGAAUGCAAAGGAUGUGAAAGACUUGAAGGGGGUGCGUCCUCUCAGCCCUGUUUAUCCAUCACUGUGACAUCCUGCCUGGGCUCGAGUGCUAGGGACUUUUCACUUGUGUGAUCUUAGUGGAGUUUGUGACCCGAAAACGUUUUUUUCCUUUAUCAAAACCUUUCCAUCUUCACACAGCUGGGCAAGCACUCCUGUUUUAAAGUUAUUUGAGGUUGCCUGCCACUACCCUGGUGAGCUGAGGUUUCAGAAGGUGCCACCCUCUGGGUCCUCUCCAACUCCCACUAGACUUGGAAGUUCUCAGCAAUGCUUGUGAGGGGGAACACUUGCUUUAAAAUCUGUCUCCCAGAGUUUCUGUUACAAAGAACUCCAGAGCAAAUCAGCCCUCUGAAUUUUGUAGGAGGGUGCAGGACCCAGAUGCUGACAUGCCCUUGUCUUCCCUUUCCUCUCAGCUUACCCAUUCACAUGUCCACACCAUGGAGUGGACUGUUCCUAGGUGUAUUCCUAUCCAGACUUCCACGUACUCAAAGUAGAAGCCAACUAAACAGUCAUCUAAGUCCUGCUGCCUUGC